AUGGCGGCGCCCUUGCGGCACUUCCGGCGUGUCCCGGCGAUGUGGCGAUGGCGGCUCCCGGGGCCGCUCCGGGCCGGGGGAGGUGGCGGCGGCGUGGCGGUUCCCCGGGCGGGGCUCAAGAAGCUGGCGCUGCCCCCGGACUACAGCGGGAUCACCAUCCCGGAUAAGCCGAAGCUGAAGUUCAUGGACAAGGUGCCGGCGGUGCCCAAGGUCCAGCGGGAGCCGCGGCGGCUCCGUGACAUCCGCGGCCCGUCCCAGGUGGCCACCGACUUCACCGAGGGCCAGUACGGGAUCCUGGCUUUGGGCGGCGGCUACCUGCACUGGGGCCACUUCGAGAUGAUCCGCCUGAGCAUCGGCCGCAGCAUGGACCCCAAAUCCAUGUUCGCCGUGUGGCGAGUGCCCGCCCCCUGCAAGCCGCUGACGCGCAAGAGCCUGGGGCACCGCAUGGGCGGCGGCAAGGGCCCCGUGGAGCGCUUCGUGACGCCGGUGCGCAGCGGCAGCCUGGUGGUGGAGGUGGGCGGGCGCUGCGAGUUCGGCGAGGUGCGGCCCUUCCUGGCCCGCGUGGCGCGGAAGCUGCCCUUCCCCGCCGUGCCCGUCAGCCGGGACGGGCUCCAGGAGAUGCGGCGGGAGGAGGAGCAGAGGAGGCUGGACAACCAAAAUCCUUGGACUUUCGAGAGGGUGGUGGCCGGCAACAUGCUGGGGAUGAGGAAGUACCUGAGCCCCUACGACCUGCAGUUCAAAGGACGCUACUGGGGCAAGUUUUUCUUGAAGCACAGAGUGUGAGCGGCGUCUGGAGUGGGUCCCUUUGGGAAUUAAACCUUUCCACCGGA